AGCGAUGCAUCCGCACGGCUUGUCCAGGACGAGUGGAACAGCCUACAGCCAAAAAAAAAAAAAAAGGCAACCGUAUUGCUAAAAAUCACUCAAAAUCCACUUAAACUAACCCAAAACUUUCCGAGGUUGAUGCAAGUCAAUGCCGGAAAUAGACACAACAUGGCGUCCGUAAACCAAUGCAGAACGGUGCGCUCACUGACUGCACCCAAGUCUCUCCCAUCAUCAGCAUCAUCAUCAGCAUCAUCAUCAUCAUCAUCAUUUGGUCUCUGCAACUGUCUGGUUCAGUCUUGCUGGAGUAUUUUCUGCAACAGGAAGGCGUGAUUCUGCAGGGAAAGUGCCACAGUGCUGACUCGGAGAGUCGGCGAGGUGAAGCGCGGAAUGUAACCACCGAUCUUCCACUCCUCUACUCAUCCGAGAGUUCCUCCUCUCUCCAAGGAAGCAUGUGUCGCCCUCGUCCCAUCUUUCGUCUUCUCUUUCUAGCCUUUUGUUCACCUCCCUUCUUCUCCCCCCCCGCGGCGUGCUCACGGUCAUGUCCCCGCCGGUGCCUUUGUUACGAACACACUGACUUGGUGGACUGCCGCGACAGUGGGCUCGAACACGUUCCCAGGGGGCUCCCGCGUGGCACGUGGCUGCUGGAGCUGGGAGGAAACAAUCUGAGUGAAAUUUGUACCAGAGUCUUCACUGGGCUGUGGUCCUUACGGGUGCUUGCGCUGGCCGACAGCCAGAUACGGGCCCUUCGACCACAGGCAUUCUUCUCAUUGUCCUACCUGGAGAAGCUGGAUCUCAGUGGGAACCAGCUAACAAGUCUCCCUGCUGACUUUUCUGUGAGUCUGUCUGCUCUCAGGGAGCUGCGACUGGAGCACAACAACUUACAUCAUCUGUCUGCAUUCAGCUUUGAGUAUCUGGACAACAUUGAGAAACUGGACCUCAGUCAUAACCACCUGGCGUCAGUGGGCCCCGGUGUGUUCAGGGGCCUUUCGAGGCUCAGGCAGCUCGACAUGCGCAGCAACAGGCUGUCUACGGUGCAGCAAGGGAGCCUUGAUAUGCUGCCUGCACUGGAGGUGCUGCAGCUGAGUCACAACAACAUUUCUCAGAUAGACACGAAGGCUCUGGCUCCUCUCUACAGCCUGGCAGUUCUCGCUCUGGAGGGAAACAACCUGCGUCACUUGAAAUUCAAAACCUUCCUCAGUCUGCACACAACAGCGACGCACAUCCGGCUUGCAGGGAACCCUUGGAGCUGCGACUGCGAGCUGCACCGCGUCUUCAGCAAGAUCCUCCACGUUCGCCAUCUACACGUCGACGACUACCGCAACGUGAGCUGUCACCAGCCGCCGCAGCUGGCCGGGGCUUCGCUGGCUCGGGUAGACAGCCAGCUGUGCGUCGCGGAAACCGCCACGGUGCUCGUCAUCACCGUCACCGUGCUGGUCACGGUGGCGGCGGCCGUGGUGAUGGCAGAACGGAACAGGAAGAGGAACCGUGGCAAAAACUGGGACACCGAAUCCCAAAACCACACCAACGGUCCGCCAUCUUGAGAGCAGAGAGCGUUAGGGGCCGGACAACAGACAGACGCAAGAUGCACAAUUGGGCUGACAACGGACGCGUUUUCCCGUCCCUCUGCUUUUCCACGCUCCCACGCUGUAGAAUGGAAGUGAUGUGUGUCGAUAUACAAAAGCAGUACCGCCCUAGUGACAAGCCAUCUGUUCCUUCUCUGAGCCACGUGUCCUUAUUGGGCUCUUGGGUCAGCUGGAGCCUGUUCCAGCUGACUCCGGAGAAAGGCGGGCUACUGCUAAAAACUAACCUGUACAUCCGAUAUGUAUCACUGCUCCGUUGUACUUUGUGAAGCCUCUUAAAGCCGAACACAUCUUUGUUUUGUUUCAAAUGCAUGGUGGGAGUUGUACAGUAAGGGAAAAUUAUUAAAACCUUAUCAAUCCA